GAGUACCAACUAUUUUAUCUUUAAAAGAAAAUAAACCAAACCAGCUCUGGCUGUUCUUUAUAUCCUGACUGCUGGUUAGGUUUUGGUAUUUAUUUGAGUGCAUUUAAUGGAGUUUUAACUUGAAUUAUUAAACAAUUACUCCUGUAAGAAAUAAAAUAUGUCCGAUGAAGGAAGUCCCAACAUAAAAAGUCUUCGAGGUUUCCGUUACCAUAAGAAGCCGCAACUUACGAAUGAUGUUCUAAAUUCUUCUGCAUCAACUGAGCGUAGAGGUAAAAGACUUAUAAUUCUUUCAUCCGAUUCGGAACCAGAAGCUGAGGUAAAAACAAUGUCUUACCCACCAAAGUUUAAUCAGAAUCAAGAUGAUCCAAAUUCUUCGACGAGUGAAACUUCAUUUAAUACUAUCGUAGCGGAUCCAAAAUCAUCUCAGAAGAUCGAUGCGGUGCAGCCGAAUUGUUCUCAAACAAACAAUGUCGAAAAUGAGAAAAAACAAAGUCAAAUUCCAGUGGUUUAUACUUCCAGUCUCAGUACAUAUAGUAAAUUCAAUGGUUAUACUCCAAGAAAUACAAAAAAUCCUUCAAUUCUAGAGAAAGAAAAGCAAAUGAAGUUUCUGUUAGAAAUUUUUCCCAACUUAGAUGCCAUGAAAAUCCAUGAUUGUCUAUCAAGACAUGGCUUUAAUACUGAUGCUGCUGCUGCAGAAUUAUCUAGACAUUACAAUAAACCAGUAGAUUAUGGUUAUUCUGAAUGGAGACUAGAUUAUGAUAAAAAGGCAGAGGAAGUGAAACAAACAGAAAUGGCAAGGACAGCAUUAUUAAUUAAGAACCACGGCAUUAAAAGAGAAAGGGAUGAACCUAUUAAAAGGAAGAAAGUUAAAAGAAGGAAAUCCUAUGAUAGUGAUGAUAGUAUGGGAAGUCAAGGAUUUAAAGACAAACGGGUAUUUGACAGUGAUGAAGACUCUGAUGUAGAAUUGAGUGAUGAAUUAUCAGGUGAUAAGAAGAAGGUUUUUGAUUUCUUUCAGACAGCUAAUAUUAAUGAACUACAAUUGAUGAAUACUUGUUCAAAGAAAAAAGCAGAAGGAAUAAUAGAACUACGACCAUUUAGUGGUUGGAUUGAUUUGGUGGAAAAAUUACAAACCAAUAAAAAUUUGAGCGCUGAUUUACUAAAUGCCGCUCAACAAGUCAUUACCACUAGAAAUAACAUAAAGCAUUUAAUGAAAAAGUGUACAAAUUUAGCUCAACAAUUAGAAAGGGCGGUGGCAGCUGGAGCAGGAGUGAAAGAACAACCACAAAUCUUAUCUUCAAAUUUGAAAUUGACAGGAUACCAAAUGGUGGGACUGAACUGGUUGGUUGUCUUGUAUUCUCAAGGUGUAAACGGUAUAUUGGCAGAUGAAAUGGGACUUGGGAAAACUGUACAGAUAAUAUCUUUUCUUGCCCAUCUUAAGGAAACUGCAGCAGCCACCAGUACACAUCUUGUUAUAGUGCCUUCAUCAACGUUAGAUAACUGGAAAAAUGAAUUCUCUCGAUGGUGUCCAGAAUUGCGGGUAUUUAUGUAUUAUGGCAGUAUGGAAGAAAGGAAACAAUUUAGAUUUGAUUUAGCUAGAGGCAUGAUGGCAGACUUUGAUGUAAUUCUUACUACAUACACAAUGGUGGGAAAUAGUCCAGAAGAAAGGAAAAUGUUUAGAGUUACUAGAAUGCAUUAUGUAAUUUUUGACGAAGCUCAUAUGUUGAAAAAUAUGAAUACUCAGAGAUAUGAAAAUUUAAUAAGAAUAAAUGCUAGACAUAGAAUCUUAUUAACCGGAACUCCAUUACAAAACAAUUUGUUAGAAUUAAUGUCUUUGUUAAUAUUUGUGAUGCCAAAAAUAUUUGCAGAAAAAGCUGAUGAUUUGAAAAGUUUGUUUCAAAAAAAUUCAAAGAAACAGGAACAAGAUGAUGACUCUCUUCCCACCUUUGAAAAAGAACAAAUUGAACAAGCUAAAAGAAUUAUGAAACCUUUUGUUUUACGUAGGUUAAAAUGUGAUGUUCUUCAAGAUCUGCCAAAGAAAACCGAUCAUGUUAUCAAAAUUCCUAUGGCCCCUUCACAGAAAGAACAAUAUGAACAAUUGGUGGCUUCUUAUAAAAAUGUGAAUGAGUUUGGACAAAAUACAUACAAUGGUAUGAGUAUUAUGACAGAUCUGAGGAAAUUAAGUAAUCAUCCAUUACUCAUGAGAUUUUAUUAUGACUAUAAUAAAUUAGAAGAAAUAGCCAAGUUAUUAGCUGCUGAUCCAGGUUAUAAGGAUACUGUAGUACAAUAUAUUAUAGAUGAUUUAACCUGGAUGUCUGAUUUUGAGAUACAUACGUUGGCCAGAGAAUAUAGUUGUUUAGGUGGAUUUCUAUUACCGGACAAUUUAAUGCUAACAUCUGGGAAGUUUCAGCAGCUUGACAAAAUGUUAGAUGAAUUAAAAGAGAAUCAACAUAGAGUAUUAAUUUUCAGUCAGUAUGUCAUAAUGUUAAAUAUAGUAGAGGAAUAUUUAAGAAUUAGAAAUUAUAAAUUUUUGAGAUUAGAUGGAAGUACGGCUGUCAAUAUUAGGCAAAAUCUAAUAAAUGAAUUUACGGAUGAUCAAAGUUAUUUUAUUUUCUUGUUAUCUACACGAGCAGGUGGUUUAGGAAUCAAUUUGACAUCGGCCGAUACUGUAAUUAUCCACGACAUAGACUUUAAUCCUUAUAAUGAUAAGCAAGCUGAAGACAGAUGUCAUAGGAUGGGACAAAGCAGACCAGUUACAGUUUAUCGAUUUAUAUCUCAAGGUACCAUUGAAGAAGGCAUGUUAGAAAUGAACAAAGAGAAAUUGAAAUUAGAAAAAGAUAUUACAACUGAUGAAACUGAUAAUCCAGAUGUAAAGAGUGUUGUGAGGUUAUUAUCUUCAGCUUUGGGCAUCGAUUCAGUUAAAGCUUCAACUUUGAUAAUGCCAAAGAAAAAACCUUGAGUAAUUUCUAUUUGAGACUUUUUUGUACACUUUUUACAUAUAUGUAUUGAUAAUAUUUACCUCGUCGGUAGAAUUAUUAAGGUACUCGUUUAAUCAUUUGUAUUAGGAAUACUUAAUUGAAAAUUGAGUUGAAAACAGCACAGUGAAACGACACUUUUUUUGUUUUAGUUCAACAGUAUAUUUUAAAUAAAAAUAUUUUUUCAUUACAAACAUUUUUUAAUUAUAUCCUUUACCAUUUUUGUAACACUAAGAAUCAAAUAAAAAUUAUGUUGGUAAUUAAAAAAAAAUAAGUGUUUAAAUUGAGAUUAACCUGGAAGAGAAACUAAUUCCCACAAAUUUUCAGUUUGUGCUAGCUUUGUGAAUGUGCCUACUGUCAUUUGUGAUAGUCAUUGGAAUAGGUGACUACCAGUAUUUGAAAAAGAACCGAACCAUUUGGAAAUAAUGAUAGAUUAGCAUUGCAGGCUUAACUGGACUUUUUUAUUUCUUUUUCAUAUAUUUCUCUCUUAUCUCAUUGGUUCGCUUUUAUUUUCACUAUUCUGUACUUGACCGACUCUUGACCUAAAUAUGCAAAUUGAUAUUUUUUACUCUAAUCUAUAUUGAGGUAUUGAAUCAUUGCAAACCAUUUUCCCGUUUUCUUGAAAACAAAAAGCCUCGUUAUAAACAGAACAUUUUAAUAUAAGUGCUUAAAAGUGACCAGUAAUGUGAAGAUUCUAAAUCAAACGUAACUGUUAUAAAUCGAGUGAGAUCAGAAUUCUAAGGUAUGUAAAAUUGUUAGAAGUUCGAGUUUCUUAAAAUAAUAACUUUUCUUAUUACUAAAAUAAAAUUAGCUUUGUUCCUUCAAAUUUGUCUAGAAAAAUCGUAUUUAAACAUUCAAUUCCCUUCUUUUAGAUAAUAAAAUUAUCAAAUAUUUCAUCAGCAGGACAUCUAAUACGGUAAUUAACAGUAUGAUGUAUAAUAUAAAAGCAAAGAUUUUGUAAGUAAAUGAAGAAAUUUGUUUAUAUCAUAAAGUUCUAAAAUCGAUAGAAUAUCAAUAAAAAAAUAGUUCAAGAAUAUAAAUAUAUAUUGGUAUAAAAUUAAUGAAAUAACAAUUAAUUACUUUCAUUUUCUAUUUUGUUAAAUAUACUAGUCUUGUCC